GUGCAUGGGGGAGAGAAAGAGAAAGAGAUUAACUGAUAGGAUACGCUGAGCUCCAUGCCUUGACUGUGUUCCCUGUCACACACACACUCGUGGACACACUCUCGUACACACGCAAUGAAGCAGACAGGCAUAAUCCGGACCCAGCUGCUGUUUUACUGCCUGUGCUAGACUACGAUAUAGGCGGGGAUGUCUCAUCAGUGGGAGGGGGGAGGCAGGAGAGGAAAAAGUUGCAGGAGGAAAAAGGAUGGGCGUGGGGAGGUCCAGAAUGUACAAGCAGUAGCCGCUUUGAUUUUGGGAUUCGGGCAGAAAUAUGGAAUGUGGUAGGGUCCGUCAAAGAAAGGGAGUACGGGAGCGUAUGAAGGGAAAAGGGAUCCAACAGCACGUAUAAUAUUAAGAGGGUGAGGACACCUUCCUUCCUUUAGAAGGAGAAGAGUCAAAAAGUAGGGGGAAAGGGGUUUAUUAAGGGGGCUAAAAUGAAGACGGACAUGCAAUGAACUUAAGGAAGAAGGUGUAGGACAAGGCGAAAGGACAGAGACAAGGAGAAGAAAGCAGAACAGAGAGGGGGUGAGAGACGAUAAAGAAGAGAGAUUCACGGAAAGGAAAACGGAGGGAUUGAGAGCUGUCGGGAAGGGUGAAAACACAAGGCAGGAGGGAUGAAGUGCCUGCUUCUUAAAAUGUUAUUAACCUUCAUCUGGCUGACCAGCAUGAUAGCGUGCGUCUGGUACAUCUACAGCCAUGGAAAUGUCACACCAGUGAUAUCACACAGGAUCUCACAUCUGCAUUUGAAGAAGUCCUUCCCCAACUCAUCUAGGACUUGCUUCAACACUGGGAAUAAAAACACAAAAGUCCUAAAGCAGGUGAUGGAGCGAUAUAAUGAAAAGUGGAAAAAGCAGGAGGACAACAUGAACAGGCUGAGGUCUGAGCUGAACAACAGUUGCCAGGGAAUAUCUGAAGCCAUCAUCACACAAGACAACACUCCGGUGGGAACGCAGAUUAAGUACGAUGGUGAAAAGAAUACGCUCUGUAAGGUGACCCCAAAUCUGUUCAGCACAUUCAGUAAGGAGCAGCCAUUAAAGAUCUUUAUCCGCAAGACAUGCGCUGUUGUGGGGAAUGGAGGGAUCCUGGUCAAUAGCAGCUGUGGAGAGGAGAUAAACUCUGCCCAGAUUGUCAUCAGAUGUAAUCUCCCUCCUUUGGGAGACAGCUAUAAUGAAGAUGUAGGCAACAAGACAGACCUUGUGACAGCAAAUCCCAGCAUCCUCUUGGAAAAGUUCCAGGGACUGACGGAGUGGCGCCGCCCCUUCCUGGAAACAAUGAGUAACUACGGCGACUCCUUGCUGCUGCUGCCCGCCUUCUCCUACAUUCCCAACACGCCCCUGUCGCUGCGCGCUCUCUACACCCUGCAGGAGUUCGGGAGCCCCGCCCGGCCCGUUUUCCUCAACCCCAGGUACCUGAGCGGCCUGGCGCGGUUCUGGAAUGCCCGGGGCCUGGCGGUGGCGCGGCUCAGCACCGGCUUCAUCGCGGCCAGCCUGGCGCUGGAGCUGUGCGCCGACGUGCACCUCUACGGCUUCUGGCCCUUCCCCCUGCACCCGAGCGGCUGCCACCCGCUCCCCAACCACUACUACGACAACCGGCUGGGCAAGAAGGUGCACAAAAUGGACACCGAGUUCGAGCGCCUGCUGAGCCUCCACAAGGAGGGAGUGCUGAAGGUGCACCUGGGAAAGUGCCAGACUGACCCAAGGUAACCAAUCAGCUCUCUUUCCCCACCUAUGCAAGCACGCUGGGAGACACCAGCCAAUCAGCCGGCUGCCCCUACCCGCAGUGCUGGAAAUGGGAUUUCCCUUUGGGGGACGGACACAUAGGACUGUCCAAACCUUCUGUACUUGUGCACACACAGAAAUGGGCUUUCUCCUGUAUAAGACUGAAGUCUGUUCACUGGAACUGGGCGAGACUUUGCUCAGGUUGGCAACCACUGGUGUCGUCUGACCAGUAUUAACCUCAAUCAAGCUAUUUACACUAGAUUGUAAAAAUACAAACAUAUACUGUUUUAGUAUGUUUGUAUACAAAUACGCAUUUAUAUAUAUUUAUUGUCUGUGGGGAGGGGUGACAGUGGGAACCUGGAUCAUUUUUUUUAUAACGAUGCAAAUGAAAAAUACCGUUUGUUCUGAUUGUAUCUGGAAACAGCCAGGCAGAGCUAAUGCAGGGCUGACAUCUUUCUGAUCUGCCACAUCCUAAAGUGUGAAACCGGUCAGGUUCUGUGAUAUUUAAGAAGAUCUUUCUUAUUGAAUCAUACUGGAGAAAAUGAUGUUUUUUCUUUAGUGUCCAAACAAAAUUGGAGUUUCCCAUUUCUUUUUUUACGAUUUCACCCUGUUCUCUCCUCAGUUUAUAGGCAUUGCAUAUUCCUAAUCCUAGUUGUACUUCAUUUCACCAACAACAACUGCCCCAGUCUCAAAGGAUAUUUUACUAGUUACAGACACAGCUGAAAAA